UAUUGUUUUGAUGGUUUGUUUGGGCCAUUUGAAGCCACCAGCCCCGGGCACCGCCUGGUCUCGUCUCCGGGCGAGGUGUCAGUGGAAGACCCAGCAGCGGGUGCCCCCCCCGGCCUCUCUCGGCUCCGGCUCUCGUCGCCUCCUCCGCCUCGGGCCCCGCGCAGUCUGGCCCGGAGCUCGCGGCUCUCCCGGCGCCGCCACCUCCCCGCGGUCCCGCCUCGGGCCCCGCCCCUGCCCCCGCAGCCAAUGAAGGCGGCUGGGCCGGCAGGCGCCCGGCGGGGCUCGGGCGGAGCGGGCAUGGCGCGGCGGGCGCACAGCCGGGCAGCAUGAGCCGGGGCCGCCCGCCGCCCGCCGCCGCGCUGCCCUUCGCCAUCGACAGCCUCCUGCAGCGGAGCCCCGGCGGCGCCGCGCGGCGGCGGGAGCGGGCCCGCGGCUGCCCGCUGCAGGAGGACGAGGACGACGAGGAGCGGGAGGACGAGGGGCGGCGCGGGGGCGGCGGCGGCAGCGGCAGCUCGGGUACGGAGCCCCGACGCGCGUCCCCCCGCCCACGGGCCGCUCUGCCCCGCGGGCCGCCGGCACCUGGGCACCAGCCCCCUCCCCCCUCGGAGCCCCCCGCCCUCCGCCCCCCGCCUCCUCCCCUCCCGCCCCGCGCAGCGCCGGGGCUGCGGCCGCUCACGCUCUGCUCUGCCCUUGCAGGGAGGCAGCGGGGCCGGCGCGCCGGGGCCGGGGCCGGGGCCGGGGCCGGGGGCCCGUGCGGCGAGGCGGCAGGAGCGGCCGGGCAGCCGGGUGCCCGGGAAGGCGACGGCGACGCGGAGGCGGCGGGCGGCGGCGUUGGGCAGAGCAGCCGGGCGGCGUUGGGCGGCGGCAGGAAGAAGACGCGGACCAUCUUCUCCAAGAGCCAGGUCUUCCAGCUCGAGUCCACCUUCGACGUGAAGCGCUACCUGAGCAGCGCCGAGCGCGCCGGCCUGGCCGCCUCGCUGCAGCUCACCGAGACGCAGGUGAAGAUCUGGUUCCAGAACCGGCGCAACAAGCUCAAGAGACAGAUGUCGGCGGAGCUGGAGGGCGCCGGGCCCGCUCCGGCCGAGCCGCCGGGGGAGCUGCUGGCGCCGGGCGCCGCCCUGCCCUUCCCGGCCCUCUACAAGGACAGCGCGGUGCUCGGCCGCUGCCUGCUGCCCGUGUCCUUCCCUCUGCUCUACCCGGGCGGCGCCGUGCCCUGCCUCUGCCUCCCCCCUCCCGGCAAGUACUUCAGCCUGGUGGAUGGGGACGUAUAGCCGGCCCGGCCGGGGAGGCGGCAGGCCCGUGCCCGGGGGGGCGGACGAGGGUCGGCCCCGCGCGGCUGCAGCCCCGUCCCGUCCCGUCCCAUCCACGGCGGGGAGGCCGAGCCGGCGUUUCCAAAGGUGUUGCGACGACAACGAUUUUUCCGGCCGCCGGCGGGGACACCCCGCUGCCGGGAACCAAAGAUGCCAGGCGGGAAUCCUGGGCUGCGCCGGGCCGGAGCGCUAGUGCUCUGCCCCGGCCCACACACCGCGAGGAAGCCGCUCGCGCCGCGGACACCGCACACGCUGGGUGGGAGCAGCAGGCCUCGCCGCCCUCCCGUGGGUCUCCAAAACCUCCCCUGCUUUACACUGGUCCAAACGAAGCGUCUCCCUGGCAGCAGGACGCGGCUGACACUGGUUCUUAAACGCGGAGCCUUCCCACCAAAAAGGAAUGCUUCCUGCUUCACUUUCUUACCAGCUCCUCUGACAUCUUCGGCAACCUUUCUUCUCUGCUGGCUACAGUCAUGCUGCAUUUUUUUAAAAUAGAUUUCCCAACGGGAUUGUCUGCUGCCUGUUUUAGUGAAAAGGGGUGGGGGGGGGGGCGGUGUAAAACUUUCCUGGCAGAGACAUACAAUGCAUGCGGUGACUAUCAGGCGGCGUUUCAGAGCGGUUUUUCCCGAGCGCACGUGGGUGGGUUUUAUUUUAAAAAUAAAAGAUUGAAAGAAAUGCA